AUGAGGAGGAAUUCUUUGAUUUUUGAAGGCAUCUCUGUACACCCAAAUAAGGUUUAUGAAGAGGCUGUCAGAUUAAUUGAUGACUAUAAAAGGUGUCUUAAAGGUGAUGAAAUGAAAUCCAAGCCUACAUAUGAAAAUGCUCCUGUACUGUCAUGUUGGAAGCCUCCUCCGGUGGGAAUCUUUAAGGUAAACUUUGAUGCAGCCAUCAAUAGUAAAGCUGGUUAUGUUGGGGUGGGAUUGGUUGUUAGGGACUUUUUGGGUCAUGUAAAGGCAGCUAAGCGUAUUUCCUUUCCAAUUCUAACUGAUGCCUACAAUGCUGAACUUAUGGCAGCUUCUCAAGCUGUUAUUUUCUGCAACCAAGCUGGUUUUAUAAAUGUAAUUCUUGAGGGUGAUGCACUGAAAGUCAUAAAUGAUGUUAACUCUUCCCCCCCUUAUCUUUCUCGAAGUGGACAUUUGUUAGAAGGAAUCAAGCAUGAGGCUGGAAAAUUAGUUUCCUAUUCCUUUGUUCAUGUGAAGAGAACUUGUAAUGAAGCAGCUCAUAACCUUGCUAAAUCAGGAACGGCUUCUCUUUGUAAUGAUUCUUGGUUUGAUCAAGUUCCAGCUUGUAUUAUUCAUGUUGUUGCUAGGGAACAAAGAGUCCCUAGAUCCUGA